AUGACGGUGGCUUUGGCCUUCGAGGGCGACGACGGCGCGCGCGCCAUGGAGACGCAGGUGCAGGUCCACGAGAGCGACGGCGUGCGCGCGCGGGACGUCGACGUGUGCGCGUACUUUGACGUUGCGCGCACCGUGGAGCAGAUCCGUCGCGGCGGCUACACGACAGUGGCGCUGCAGUUUCCCGACUCGCUGCUGCCGGACGCCCGAGAGGUUCAGAAGGAGCUAAAGGAGCGCCUGAGUGGCCAAUGGGAGCGCGUGUUUGUGCUCGGGGACACGUCGUACGGCAGCUGCUGCGUGGACGAAGUGGCGGCGCAGCAUCUCGUCGCGGACUGCAUUGUGCACUACGGCCGCUCGUGUCUAAGCACGACGACCAAAAUUCCAGUGAUCUACGUGUUUGGCAACGCGCCGAUCGAAGUCGAUGUCUGCGUGCAACAGUUGAGCGAGCAGAUUGUGGCUGUGGAUACGAAAAAGGUGUUGGUGCUGCUGUAUGAGCCGCGCUAUCACCAUGCAAGUCGUGCUGUCUUCGAAGGACUUGAGACGAAAUGCGGCGAUCGGAAGCUGGUGUUUGGCACCAUGAAGACUUUCUACGACCCGAUGGAGGAGGCACAAAAGGGUGAGACGGUGAGUGACGAUAGCAAUGCUUCGCUGUCAGUGCUCCACAUAGGAGGACAGGAGAUUGUCGUGCACUCAGAGACUACCGAAAUCACUCCGGAAACGUUUGCGCUGCUGUAUAUCGGAGCCGAGUCGGCACAUCUCACUAGUAUUCUGAUGCGACACAGCACUGUGGAUUGCUUCUCGUACAACCCUGAGAUGAUGUCGACUCGCAAGGAGGGCGCAUCUGUCAACCGUGCGCUCAUGAGACGUUUCUUCCUUGUCCAGCAAGCCAAGGAGGCACGAAUUUACGGUAUUUUAAUGGGCACGCUUGGUGUCAACAAGUAUCUCGACGUGGUGCAUGGUCUCCAGAACCUGAUUAAAAAAAGUGGACGUAAGUCUUACCUGUUCGUCGUGGGUAAAGUCAAUGUGCCCAAACUCGCAAACUUCGCCGAGAUCGACGCUUUUGUGCUUGUGGCAUGUCAGCAAAACACGUUGAUGGACAGCAAGGAGUUCUACAAGCCCAUCGUGACGCCGUACGAGCUGCAGCUUGCGUUGUCAUCCACCGAAGAGUGGGAUGGCCAUUACAAGACGGACUUUCGCGAGGUAAUACCAGCACUCGAGCACGCGGUGCGGAGCGUGGAACAGCUUUCUGGCCGAGACGAAGACGAGAACGCCGACAAACCUUUUUUCUCACUGGUUUCUGGGACAUACAAAACGUUAUCACGGACAACGGCAGCUGGCCGUGCGACUACUGCUCACGCCCUCACAGCAUCUGCUGAAGAGCCCGACGCAUCAAGUGCGCUGCAGGUCAAGAACGAACGCAAGGAGCUUACGAUGUAUCACAGUGAGGCUGGUGACUAUUUGGCUACACGUGAAUACCAAGGUUUGGACCCACGCAUUGGUAAGACGCUUGCACACGCUGCUACUGAAGGCAGCACAGGCAUCGCGCGGGGAUACACGCAUGAAAUGGAAUAG